AUGAUAGAUGUUUCCAACUUCGGGGACUUUUCCCUGCCUACCUUCUUCUGGGGUUCCGAGCCCAUUGGGUCAGAGCCCAAAGAUGGCCACCUCGAGCGCAUGAUAUCUCGAGUCUGGAACUUCGCGUACCCGGCGGCCGGGCUUGACCAUCCGAUGGUCAAUCCUUUUGCAGCCGGAGCCCCGACCAUGGCAGGAAUGGGCGGGUUUCGGCUACUAGUUUGCGUAGGAGAGCAAGACAUUUGUAGAGAGAGAGGGAUUCAUUACUGUGACGCAGUGAGAGAAAGUAGAUGGAGGGGAGAGGUGGAGUUGUAUGAAGCAGAGGGCGGGAAGCAUGGGUUUCAUAUCGCUGAACCAGAAACUGAAAUGGCCAAGGUGAUGAUAGCUCGCUUGGCUUCUUUCCUCCAGCAGUGA